GGCCGCGCUGGCCGCGCCGGCGGUGGGACGCCUCUGUCCCUCUCCGGUCUUUUACUCCCGGCUCGGGGACGAGGAGGCCCCAGAAGAACCUUGGGAUGGACGAAGAGGGAGUGCGGCAGCCCUCCGGGCCACCCACGAGGAAGAAGUUCUUCAUACCACUGGAUGAGGAUGAGGCCCCUACUGCGGGGUUCAAGCCCUUAUUCAAGUCCACGCGGAGCCUUCCCACCAUGGAGACCUCAGCCCAGGCCGCCCCUCAGACCUACGCCGAGUAUGCCAUCUCGGGACCUCCAGGAGGGGCUGGGGCUCCACACCCCACGGGGCCAGAACCCCUGGCAGGAGAGACCCCCAACCAGGCCCCCAAACUAGGGACAAAAUCCAGCAGCAUCAUUGUGAGCCCCCGGCAGCGCCCGGUGAAAACUUGGGACGUCCCAGCAGAAGAGGUGCCAGGGACGGCGCGGGGUCCGGGCCGGGCCCCUCCACUGCCCCCCAUCCGGGGGCCGCCGCUCCGGGCCGGCCCCGUCGCGAUCGACUCGCCGGGCCGCCGCGCGUCACCGUGGCUAAGUUUAGAGGCGGGUGGGGACGCCGGCCUGGUCACUGCGCCCCUCGGCCGCGCCCCCGCUUCCAGAGCCUUCGGCUGGCGGCUCUCUGCCCCCCGCCCAGAGUUCCUCCCGCGGAAUUAG